CCGGAUCUCAUGUAUCAAAAUACUUUUCCGAAUUAAAAUCUAGUCAUCGAUUCCGGCUUCUUUUGCUUGCAAGGUCGUAUAUGAUGCGGUAGACCCAGUACUUCGAUUCCAAACCAGCAUUGCAACAGUUAACUAGAUAUCCUUCAAAAUCUUAAACAUUUUGGUACUUUUUGCUUGAAACAAAAUCUUCAUAAAAAUUGAUUAGCAACGUCGCAUUCUACUGAGUAUAGGUACGACCUUCAAACGAAAAUCCCCUUCCUGCUACGAACCAAUCAUGGCCAAGCGAGGUUCGCAGCCGCAGCAAAGAAGGGAAUCUCGAUUGUUUUUUGCUGCUGGUUCCUGUUGGGUGUACGAUAGAAUCGCGGUACGACAAAAUAUAAUGUGUUUCGGGUUUUAGAAAUAACAAACCAAUUUAUUCGGCGAUUGAUUGUUUCGUUUUUAGUGGUUCCUGUUGCAAAAAAAUAGUACCAAAUAAUAAGUGGUUCUUGCUUUUCUGUUGUUAGACAAAAGUGUAAUGAGCUGCUAAGUUUUGGAAUAAUUUUAUUUUAGAUGAGAGAAAUUGAAUUUAGGCCAUGAAGGGCUGGUUUGACGCAUUUCGCAACGAUGGAGGACCCACCCUGUACAAUUUCAGCAACAGAACCGCCGUUACCGGCGACGUCACGGUGAUCACUUUUCUCGUUAUUUUCGCCACCCUAUAUGUAGCUUUUCUGAUCAUAUUUCCUGGUAUAAGAAAAGAGAGAUUCACAACAUUUUGUGCUGUAACCCUAUCAUUACUAGUAGGAGCAACCAUCGUGAUAUCACUUUUCGGCUCUGGCUGGCACAUAGCCGAAAGCACCAUCCACGGAACCUAUCGAGCAUUUUCAAACGAAAAAAUUUCGGCUCACCUAGGAGCCUAUGUCGGACUUCAGCACAUCAAUAUUUCCUUGCAAGCUCUUCCAAUCAAUAAUUCUACAAUAGACAUUGAUUAUAAUGAAAGAUUCGAUUGGGUGGACUCUUACCAAAUGGGCGACAGUUUCCAAAAAGCCUUAGUAAGAGGCUUACCGUUUCCGGUACUUUCUGUGGCCGAGUACUUUACCGUAGGUCAAGACGGACUCGCUUGGGGCGGUCAGUACAGGGCGGCCGGCUAUUUCGCCAUUAUAAUGCUGUGGACCGCGUUCGCCUUUUGGGUGCUGAUGAACCUGAUGCUUAUAGUGGUACCGAGGUACGGCGCUUUACUAAUGACCGCCUGCGGAUUCCUGCUACUCGCCACGGUGUGCGGUUAUUUCGGAAUGUUACCAGAAACUCCUUUGGUGAUUCAUAUUGAAGGAGCUACGCUUAGUUUUAGGUUUGGGUGGUGCUAUUGGUUGAUUUUGAUUGCUGGUAGUAUCUGCUUAACAGCUGGUGUCAUUAUAACAACAAUCGAAAUAGUGAAUCCUCAUAGUUUCUCAACAAUACUAGAAAUUGAUUACGAUACGCCAUACGACAGACACAUAAUUAUUGAAGACAGUCGCGGCAGAAAACAUCAAAAAAAGAAAAACAGUACCGGACUGGAAGAGCCUGAUGAAGGUAUUGGACACAGGAUACUCAGGAGAUUGUCCUCGAAACAACGUGAAGAGAAACCAGAAUCGUCACAGGUUGAUAAUCGCAAUUUUGAGUUAUCAGAAGUGCCUUGGAGGUAUUCUUAUAGGCAAAAGCCUCGAAGCAUAGAGCAAGACGAGUCUAUUAUUGCUUAUUCGUCACCUCUUCGGUACGAUAACCAUCAUCAUCAUCACCAUCAGAAGUCUCAAGCUCCUGUAUGGUAACACGCGACUUCUAAGUUUAUUUUUUUUAGUGCAAUUUUCAUGUAUAAGUGAUGCUAUAUGUGAUAUACUUUUAGUCUUUAAGGUUCAACGAAAAUAAUGGCCAUAAUUUACUUAUUUGACUAUUUCGAUUGUAUAGUAUUUAUUUAAACGAAUUUAAGAAUAGAGUUUUGUGUUAUAUAAAUAAAAUAAAUUUUUGAUUUUCUA